AUGAGGACUUUCGACCUUGAAAUAAACGCCAUCCUUGAGCCAGAGAUCGAUGUCGGCUGGAUCAGUCGUGUGACAGUCUCCCUCUUCCACCGCUGUCGUCUCAUUGGCGAGAAGACCCUGAACGACACCUACAUCUUUCGUGGCGAAGAAAACGGAGUGAAUAUCAGGCUCGAGAGCUUCGAAAUCCGGAACAUGACUGCAUUCAAGCGCUUCUUCCAGAAAUUGAUGCCCGAGAAGAACCACGCCGAGAAGAAAGCGGCCACGAAAGCUGUUAUCGCUACGCUCGAAAAUGAUGAGAACGGCCAUGAGCUCUCCAUCGGUAUAGACUUGAACGACGUGUCGAAGAUCUCCAUCGAAGGCUUAGCCUUUAACCGAAGUAAUGACAAAAUUCGUCUCGCCUUCAUCGCGUUCCGCUCGGGUACCGUCGACAUAGAUUUCGGAUGCUGUCAGUUCAUACUCAAGAAGGAUAAGCAGGUCUUGGCCUAUCUGGACGGUCGUUUUGCCCUAAAGCCUGACGGAUAUUCAGUAGUAAUGGAGGGGAUUGUUGCUUCUGAUGUCGAUAAGGCGUUGUUUGGCGGAAUGGGAACUCUGACGGGGUUCUUGACAUAUGACCACAACAAUACUUUCCUUGCUCAUGCUAUUCGGUUGUUCGAAAUACAAGUCAAAUUGAGCUAG